ACGAGGCGGGCGGCGAGGCGGCGGCGGGGCGCGGAGUCCCGUUCUCGGAGCCGAGGGAGCCAUGGCCACGGAAAUCGGGUCCCCGCCGCGGUUCUUCCACAUGCCGAGGUUCCAGCACCAGGCCCCUCGGCAGCUCUUCUACAAGCGGCCGGACUUCGCGCAGCAGCAGGCGAUGCAGCAGCUCACCUUCGACGGGAAGCGCAUGAGGAAAGCUGUGAACAGAAAGACCAUAGACUACAACCCCUCUGUAAUUAAAUAUCUGGAGAAUAGAGUAUGGCAGAGAGACCAGCGAGAUAUGCGAGCAAUCCAGCCUGAUGCAGGAUAUUAUAAUGAUCUGGUCCCUCCUAUAGGAAUGCUGAACAACCCUAUGAAUGCUGUGACAACAAAGUUUGUUAGAACAUCUACUAAUAAAGUAAAAUGCCCAGUGUUUGUUGUCAGGUGGACUCCUGAGGGGAGACGUUUGGUCACUGGUGCAUCUAGUGGAGAGUUCACUUUAUGGAAUGGACUGACUUUCAAUUUUGAAACAAUAUUGCAGGCUCACGACAGCCCUGUAAGGGCUAUGACUUGGUCACACAAUGAUAUGUGGAUGCUGACAGCAGACCACGGGGGAUAUGUGAAAUACUGGCAGUCCAACAUGAACAACGUCAAGAUGUUCCAGGCACAUAAGGAGGCGAUUAGAGAGGCCAGUUUCUCACCCACGGAUAAUAAAUUUGCUACAUGCUCUGACGACGGCACUGUUAGAAUCUGGGACUUUCUACGUUGCCAUGAGGAGAGAAUUCUUCGAGUUUGUUGCAGUCCAUGGCUCUUGGAUCCCAGUUACUACAAACUGGACAUCUGCAAGGUAGCAAACCCUGCUGCUGGUUUAGGUGACAUGUUCUACUGACCAGAUGUUCCUCUCCACCCCCCAAAAAAAAAAAAGUUUCUCUUCAUUCACACAGUAGCAGAAAAGCCUUCCUAAAACUGUAUGAUAGACAAACUUCCUGUAAGGGUUUACAUGUUUGUACAAGAUAGCAGGACUGUUUUGCUGCUGCUCUGCCAUAGAAUGUAUGUCAUGCAAACUGCAUCUCCCUGCAGAACCAAACCCCAGAGGUUUCUGUGAGAGGUGCAUUGGUCCAGAGGCACAGCCAGAGAUCAGGGAGUGCCACUGAGCAGUGUCUCAGGAGAUGAAGAGCCUGUUGUUCCUAGAGCCAAGUGUUUCCCAGCCUUCUCUGUCCCUGCUGUACCUUCUCUCCAGUGUAGUCUUGUUGCAGUUGGUCACAUUCCUAACACACUGACAUUUGUAAAACUGCAUCUUCCAGCAGCAGAUAAUCCACAGGGGAGUACGUAUGCCAAAAACAGAGACCAGCCUAAUGAAGGUGUUUUCUGUGUACUAAAGCAAUAUCUGUAUUUUACUUGCACUGAAAAUAAACUCUUGAUGUGGGAUUAUACCUGUUAAAGCUUCCUUUUUUUUUUUUUUGUUAACUUUUUAAGGUUAAAAAUGCACUUUGCUUCCCAAUACAGGGUUGCUGUGUUAACAGAAAUAUUAAAAGAUCAAAAUGUAAAUUUGGCAGAGCUGUUACCUUGCAUCGUUUUGCCAACAAAUAUAUUUCUGAUUUUUCAGUUUCUUCAGUGUAUUACUUCAGUAGCAAUGGCAUGCUCUUACCCAGCCUUUCUGAAACAAAAAUUAUACCAUCUUCUCUCAAAAAAAUCAUCUUGCUUUGGUCUAUGAUUAUGAAACUAUGUGGGGAAAUUCACCUGUGCAAGUGAAGAGGAGACUUUACUGCCUCCCCCACAGCACCAAUGCAAUUUAUCAGUAAUUUUAUUUUACAGAAGCUUUCUAAAGCCUGACUUUGUAGAAGAUAAAUACUUCAUUUUCCCAUUCCUCAGCUUAGCCAUCCCCACGCAGCACAGACAGCACUGUAAAAGGUGUUCUAUUGGAAGAGCACAGAUCAGCUCUACUCCAGGGUGGAGAGCAGAUUUAUAGUGGUGAUGACCUCCCCACCUCACUAUUUUUGUGCCCAACCUACUUACUUUGUUCUUCCAGUUAUUUUGCAAAAGUGUGCCAUUUUCCCUGGAGCACUUUAGCUUGUCUCCUGUCACUGGAGUUUCAGGUAUGGACCCAGUUCAUUGUGGUUAUGGGAACUGGUCUGUACAUAUCUGAGACUCGAAAGAUAUUUUGUAUUUUCUUUCUUUUGGUGUGUGUAAGAUUGAAAAUUUUAAAAGCUGCUACAGAAAGCACUGAGAGAAAUCCAAAGAUUCCUUAGGAAAGAGCUUCUUUCCGAAUCACAUCUGCCCCAUAAACACUUGUUCUCUUUCACCUUUAAUCUUAAAUUUGUUAUCUAGUUGGUGUUUUUAUUUUGGUGGUUUACACCCACAUUUUUACACAGCUGCAGAUUUGAAGCUGAGCAGAUGUCUUUUGGUGGUGGUGGUUUCAUAGAACAACCGCUCCAAAAUCCAGGGGGGAAAAAGUCCCGUACAUCACUUGUUUGUAUUGCCAACUUCUGUUUCCACAAUGGUAAUAAUUAAAAUCUGUAGUGUGAGUAUUACUCCUGUUGUGCUAGUACUGUAACAAAGAAGACUGAGGUAAAAUACUGCAGGCAAGAUCAUCGUUUCAGAAAAACUGAGAAGUUUCUUUUUUCUCAGCAUUGCUGAAGAGAUGGUCAGACAGCUUCUUUUUCUGAUCUGUGUGGCCUUACAGAUAGAUGGACAUUCUCUGUCUUGGAUUGUUUUGUCCAUGUCAUUUGAUUUUUUAAUGUAUUCUCUAGAAAUUUGGCUUUAUGUAUUUUCUAGAAGUUUGUAUAAAAUUAUUGAAGGGUUUUUUUAAAACUCUGUUGUAAAGUUAGUUCAAAAAGUACUUCAGACUAACUUUUUUUUUCCCUGAGAGUGUAGUGUUUUUGACUAACAAAGUUUCUGUUUAUCUAAUUGGAAAAUUUUCAUUUUGAAAUACUAGAAAAUGUUUCUGGUGCUAACAUGGAAGGGUGUGCAAUAACACCAGGAGUUAUUUGCUCCAAGUGUAGAUGUAGCAUUGAAUUGAAUAUUUUUAGUUCUUAGGAGUAAAUUCCCUGCUCUAAUCAAUAUUUUUUUGCCAUGAAGGUUCUGCUUGCUUUAUGAGAACAUACACUGCAGUUACAGUUGCAGUAGGUUCUUAGGAUUCCUUCCUGCCAACUUCUGCAUCAUUCCUUUACCUUACUUUGGGAAAUUGUAACAUGCUACUCGAUGCAUGUAUCUGUAGAUUCAAAUACAAAUUCAGCCAUAACAUGCAUCACAGAGGGAAGGAAACACCACACAUACUGCCAGUACCCUGUUCCUGUCUUGUCUACUGUUUUUAUUCCUUUGAAGUCAGCAGUGAAACAAUCUAACUGGUAGUGAUUUCCAGAAGCACAAAGAAGUAUUCAUGUAUCCAUAAUGGGGUGGGGUGUGUUUGAUUUCUGUAUCCUCUCUUCUGGUCUUGAAAGAACAGUCCCUUAAUUAUGGUGUCAUGGGAAACCUGUAUCACACUUUUUCUUUUUUUUUUUAUGUUAGUAGCAUUUUUUCCCCCUGCACUUUAAAUCAAAUACCUCUUGUUUUGUCCACGUCUGUGUGUGACAUUAGUAAAUGAAUGUGAGGAUUUUCCACAAAUUGUUGCCAGGACUUCUGUUUGGAAACCCACUUAAAGUGGUGAUGGACCCCUUUGCCUUCUUCUCAUAACCAUGUAUGUUGUCUUUACAUGUUCUUCAUAUUUUUUCUCUCUGGUUUUGAUACAUCUGAGUUACUUAAAUACUCUUUGGAUUGUUGUAUCCCAUUUCUUCCUGUUGAUAUUUCUCCCUUCAUUAGGUUUUAUUGCACAAAAUCCCUGGUAGGUUUUCAACACCAUAUUUUUUCCUGUCUGUCUGUUCAGUCACAUAUGCAGAGCUUUACUUUGGAUCUGUUCAUGUGCUUGUGGAGUUUCAAAUGAGACAUGAGGAUGCGUGGAAUUUUAGAGAGCUUCAUAGAUACUUGUACAGCCACACUGCAAAACAGUUGCUUAAUGGGGGACCUAUUUUUAGAACUGAAACAAAAAAAAAUUUGGGUUCCUCUACUUAAAUAGGAACUACAGUGUUAUUUUUAAAUCUGAAAGGGGAAAAGAUUUUCUUAAAUUUCAAAAUUAGUAGGUGGCAAGAAAAAGGACUUAGUCCGUGAAUGUGGUGGUGAUAUAGGAAAGUCAAGAAAAUAAGAGGAAAUAAGGUUUUAUCUCUCUUAGGUUUCUGUAACACUAUUCAAAUCGUUGUUUGGCUCCUGCAAUUCAGUUACACUUUUCCUCUGAGGUUGUUAUAUUUUUAAUUUUGCUGUGUUUCUCCUCAUUAUCCCAGAGAUCACCACUAGGUUAGACUUGUCUGUAAGUCACUGUGUGAUAAUUACAUGCUGCAUUUUUUUCUGUUUUCGUUCAUGGUACUCUGGUCAUUGUGCGUGUUUCUGUCACCAUAAUUUACAGCCCUUUCAUAUUUCAGUUUCUUGAAAAUUGGCCCUUUCUGCUUGAGAUGAGAAUUUUGCUGUCUGUCCAGCUUCCCCUCUGCAUAGAAGGAGCAGUGCUUUGUAGCUCAGUGCUCUGCUUUCUGCCAGCAGUUUUUUUCAGCUGCUCCCUGGUUUGCUCAGCCUUGGUGGCCUUGCAAAACGAAAGAACCUCUGUCUCCAUGUCCCUUCUUGGAUCUCUUACACUUGCUAAUUGUCUGGAUUAUUGGCUGACACAAAUCUUGUGCUAGAGUCUAUAUAAAGUUUGAUAAUCUCUCUUGUUGUCCCCCUCCCUCACCCCUGGGCCAGCUGCUUCACUUACUGCAGAGAACAUUUUCAGUCAUGCACUAUUUGCCCUAGAACCAAAGAAAAUAGUUUUCCUGACAUUUGUGUACCUUAACUCAUUAUUUCCUUGCUUGAAAUGAUAAUGAGCUCAUACUUAUGUUUCGUAGUGGUGAACUGACUGUCAAAAGUAGAUUACAUGGCUUUUUUGGUUAGCAAGAAGAAAAACAGGUUUUUGUGCAAAAAUCCUGUCACUUAGAAUGAGCAGCUGGCUGAACAAGUGUUCCUCUGUGUCUGGCCAGAUGAUCAUGCCUGUCUUUAAAAGUAAUUUACUUGUUUGGUAGAGAGUCAAUAGUAACUCUCCUCUCAAUGGGAUGUUAAAAAGGUAGGAUCCUGCCCUCUGAACCAUAAAAACACAUUAAAAACUAUUCUUCCAGUCAAAGAAAAUUAAGUUGACUGAAAGAUCUUGGUAAUCCUUUCAUGCUGGGUGUUUUUAUAAAAGUUUCUGGGUUCACUUUACAGUAAGGGUGUAUCAAGUUAUAUAAAAGAUUUCUAGUAACUUCUUUUGCUGGGAUCCACAAAUGUUUUUCUUAGUUUUUAGCAGCUUGCUGAGAGUGUGCUCCCCUCAUGUGGCUACACAGGGGUUUGAAAGUUGGGUUAACCUCUAAACUAGGUAUUUGGACUAUGCUUUUCUCUUGCAACAGCCAUAAUUGCCAGCAGAACUUAAAUGAACAUCCAGAAGGAUGUAAAAGGAAGUAAUCAAUGAAAAUGAUUAACAAUUGAUGCUCUUAGCUUUUCUAGAAAUCCUUGUUCUCUUCCCUGAGUUGGAAACUAAGUACUUCGACUCUGCCACGUACAACUUUGACUGAAAUUUUGGUCAAAGCACAGAGCUAGAGGCAAGCUGCUACUAAACUCUGCAGUGUCCCCUGAUUUCCUUCCUUUCUCCUCCUUUCGCUACAUCGCCAGGCUGAAUUUUAGGAUGCACCACCAAAGUUUCCUUAUUAGCUUCAAGUUAAUUUAAAACCAUGUCUGAAUCAAUACUGUGUUUUGACAUUCCUCCUUUGAGUUACUCACUGUAGUUUCAGUAAAACUGUCACUUUGGCUUUGGUUGGCGGUGUUUCACACACGUGUAGCAGGCAAAGGCUUGACAAAAACCUGCAGGUGGAAGGGCUUUUGACUCCCUGAUGGCAGCAAGUGACCACAGCAGUCAACAUUUCCAGUAAUUAGUGAGCAGAACUAGUUUCUUAGGUGUGUGUUUAGAAAACCCCACUGAAGCUACUCAAGGAUCAGUAAGUACAUCUUAAAAUUGCAUCAGUUACUGGAAGCUUGGCUUCAGGCAGCAGUUUUUAACUCCUGCCUCACUUUGUUCUCAGUUCAUCAAAUAUAAGUGUAUGUUCUGACUGAGCAGUAGUUCAAUAGUUACUUUCAGAUAUCAUUGUGAGUCUUCAAUUCAUUUGGUGUUCUAAUCAGAUUCAUUUAUUAUGGUUUGGGUUUUUUUUAAGUUGAUGGUACAGGCUAUGAGCAGACUCCAAAACACUUGUUUAGUUCAUGUUCAGAGGACUUGACUGGGAACACUUUAUUGUGAAGAUUUUUUUUGGUCUAAUUUUACAAAAUAACAUGCUGCCCAGAAAACUGAUUCUGUACCCAGAUACAAAGCCACAAAUCUAUGGAAACUGCAGGCUAAUAAUUGACAAGAUAAUUGAAUUUCUCAUCUGUUAAGUUCCUGCUUUUUCUUGCC